AUGCGGCCGGCAGACAUGUGGUUUCCGAUAUUUUACAUUUGUAGCGUCGCUUCCGUUGCGGAGGAAUUCUACAUUAGUACAGCCGAUCCGGCCAAAAAUGUAGCCGACACUCGCAUCAUUGGGGGUAGCCCUACCACUAUAGAAAGGUACCCCUAUACUGUACAGAUUCUGUAUGGCACCCAAUUGACAUGCGCCGGGUCCCUCAUAACACGUCGGCAUGUGCUUUCUGCAGCGCAUUGUUUUGUCAACGAGAAUGGCAUCGUCAUAAGCCCAACCUAUUAUAGCAUACGAGUCGGCUCCACUUAUUUAAACACGGGUGGUAAAAUCCAUACUAUAUCUGCAAUAAUCAUUCAUGAGUCCUACAACUCUCCACCGCGCGACAACGACGUGGCGGUACUGGUGAUGACAGUUGCCGUGGAUCUGGGGGCCAGUGUCAAUACCGCGUUCAUCCCUCUCCAGGGCGCUGUGGUACCAGACAACGCAACCGUCGUGCACGUCGGUUGGGGCAGAACAAACGUUGCAAUACCCCAAGCUUCCGAUGUCCUCAACGAGGUAGAAGUUCACAAAGUUAACAGAAAUGUUUGUCAACAACGCUACCAGUACCUUCAGGCAGCGACCGGCGACCCCUACCCCGUCACCGAGAACAUGAUCUGCGCUGGACUACUCGAUAUUGGAGGGAAGGACGCAUGCCAAGGCGACAGCGGCGGUCCGCUGAUCUACAACGGGGUGGUGGUAGGCGUGACGUCAUGGGGCUACGGCUGUGCGCAACCCUUCUUUCCCGGCGUCAGCGCUCGUGUCUCAUCCUACACCAAUUGGAUUAACAGUACCGUGCUGAGAUAUAACGAUGGAACACGGUCAGGUGUGAGUUGGAUAUUGCUUUCUGUGUCAAUCAUAUUGGAGUAA